AUGACAUUAAGUGAUCAAACAAUAUUGGUGAAAAUCAAUGCCGCUAUAACGAUGGUUAUGUUUGUUGGAGGUUUGAUCAAUAGUAUUUUGUCUCUAAUAACAUUUCAAAGUAAAGAUCUACGACAGGUUGGAUGUGGCAUCUAUUUCUUAGCAUCAUCAGUUACUUCUUUUCUUACAAUCAGCAUGUUUAUAGUGAAAUUUUGGUUUGUUGUUCUCACUCAAAUGAAUCCAUCAAUUCGUCUUUCUAUUGUUCGAGGAGGUUGUGUAUCGAUCGAACCUCUUCUCAAGCUUUGUCUUUAUUUAGAUGCUUGGCUCAAUGCCUGUGUAGCUAUUGAAAGAGCGAUCCUUGUUUUCAGCGGAGUUAACUUCAAUAAACAAAAAAGUCAACGCAUUGCUCGAUGGAUAGUUCUCAUCUUACCAUUCUGUGUCAUGAGUUCAAUCAUUCAUGAACCUAUAUAUCGAGAAUUACAUGAAGUAAAUACAGAGAAGAACGAAGUGGAUAUCGAUAGAUGGUGUGUAACUCGUUAUUCUCCUUCUGUUCAACAAUACAAUACAAUUAUCCUAUUUUUUCAUCUUGUCACUCCAUGUAUUGUCAAUCUUUGUUCUGCUUUAUUCAUCAUAUUUGGAUCAGCCCGACAACGAUCGACAGCUCAGACAAGACAAACUCUAAGAGAACAUGUUUAUCAUCAAUUUAAAGAACAUAAACAAUUAUUAAUCAGUCCAAUUAUUCUUCUAAUUCUGUCCUUACCCCGUCUGAUUAUGUCAAUGUUAUCAGAAUGUGUCAAUCCAUCAAACAAUCGAUUAUUAUUUAUUUUUGGUUAUUUUAUUUCAUUUACUCCAUCGAUGCUUAUCUUUAUUGUUUUUGUCCUUCCUUCGGAAUUGUACAGAAAAACAUUCCGAGAAUCACUCAAACGAUGGCGUCGACGUAUUCAUCAAUAA